AUGACGAGUUCAAUAGAGGGAACCACAAUUCUAACACCAGAAGACGAAUUAGCUGCGCAAAUAUUAUUAAAACUAAGCCAAGAGUAUCGACAACAGCUAAGAGCAGCUAGAGCUGAGGCUGAGGUUCCGUCGACUCUAUUAUUACAAGAAGUAAGUGAAGCUCCUAAAGCUAAAAAAUCAUCAAAGAAGUUGAAGUGUGAUGAAAAACAGCCUAACAAGAGAAAACAUGUGGAGGAAGACGAUUCCGAAAAAACCAUGAUGUUAGUGCAGGAAGGAAACCAAACUGAGCUCAAUCCGGGAGAAGGUGUUAAAAUCCAGCCGCAGCCGAGGAAAGUCGUGGAGGAAGACGAUUCCGAAGAAACCCUAAGGGAAAUACUCCGGUGGAAAAGAAAUAUACCGGAAACGCCUCCAUUCCUCGACGGGGUGGGGGUUUGCAGCCAACCGGUGUGGAAGCAGUUGAUGGAGAGUGACGUGAAGGAAGUGUACGGACGAGGCGGUGAGGUUCAUAAGAUGAUGUUCAAGAUGUGGGGUGUGGACACACCUGUGUUGAAGAGUCCGGGAUGGAAGACGUUUGUGAGAGAUAACGAGCUCAAGAUGCAUUGUGAUUUUCUCACUCUUUGGAUGUUUAAGCACAGAGAGGGUGGACACAUUUGCUUUGCUAUUGACUUCACUACGCUUCCGGUAGAGAACAAGCUGAGUUGGAGGAUCACGAAGGUUGCGAAUCAAAAUUAG